AUGGUGUUAAGCCAUACAGAUUUCUAUGAUACCCAUCUUGUAUCUUCAGCAUUACAAACAAAUGAAUAUUCCAACAUAAAUAAUUGCUCUAGCUCUGUGAGUAAAUUCAUCCUUUUAGGCUUUUCUUAUACCUGGGAAAUUCAGAUUUUCCUCUUUUCAGUCUUCUCUGGGACAUAUAUUCUGACACUAACUGGAAAUCUUUGUAUUAUCUGUGCUGUGAUGUGGGACCAUCAACUACAAACUCCAAUGUACAUCCUGCUGGCCAAUUUUUCCUUCCUGGAGAUCUGGUUUAUCACCUCCACUGUCCCUAAUAUGCUAGCCAACUUUCUCUCUGAGACCAACACCAUUUCUGUCUCUGGAUGCUUCCUCCAGUUCUACUUCUUCUUCUCCCUGGGCACCACUGAGACCUUCUUCUUGUCUGCCAUGGCCUUUGACAGGUACCUUGCUAUCUGCAGGCCCCUGCAUUACCCCACUGUCAUGACAGUUCAACGCUGCAUCAGAACAGGAGCUGGGUGUUGGGUGUGUGGCUUCCUGUACUUCCCCUUGCCUAUUUACCUCAUCUCUCAGCUUCCAUUUUGUUGUCCCAAUACAAUUGAUCAUUUCCUGUGUGACCCAGGACCUCUUAUAAAGCUGUCCUGUGUGCCAGCUCCUGCCACUGAGAUCAUCUGUGCUAUCUAUAACUCAGUCCUCAUUUUCACCACCUUAGUCUUCAUUAUCAGCUCCUAUACCUUGGUGAUCAGAGCUGUGCUGAAGGUCCCCUCAGCAGAAGGUCGGCAUAAGGCUUUCUCCACAUGUGGCUCCCAUUUGGCUGUGGUGUCCCUGUUCUAUGGCUCUAUCAUGGUUGUAUAUGUGAGCCCAACAGCAGGCAAUCCAGCAGGGAUUCAGAAAUAUGUGACUUUGUCCUAUUCUGUGUUAACUCCACUCUUCAACCCCUUGAUCUAUAGUCUUCGAAAUAAAGAGAUGAAGGUGGCUCUGAGAAAGUUAUUUAGAAUGGUGAGAUUUAGUCGUAGGCAUGGAAGAAAUCUUUGAAGGACUUUUGUUUACAACUGAAAUAAUGUAUGAGAAAUAAGUAAUUAAAAAUUGGCAUUCAGUUGUAUUAACUAAAUUAGGAAUGCAUGUUUCUGGGGGAGAGAAGAACAUAUUCAAGUAUAAUUAAAUGUUACUAAGUUAACUGGCCAUCUAUCCAUUUUGUUAUUAGAGAAAAAUGUACAUUGAACUUAAAAAUGUUUCAAAGCAGAGAAAAAACUAUCAUGCAUCUUUUUGACAUUUAGACUUAACACUAGUUAAAAUUUUU